UCUCUUCUCGCUCUCUCUCUCUCUCUCAUACUCAUACCGUCAUACGCAUAUACAUACAAUUUAUUUCUCUUUCUCUCUCUAUUUUCCUCUCUUUGCCGUUUAUCUAACACUGUUACCCCUCCUCUAUAAUACAUCGGAUAACCUCAUUUUUGAACCCAUUUGUUUCUCUCACUGCAAGAGUUUGAAAGCUAAAAAGGGCUGAUGGAUCAUGGAUGGAUGAAGAAAAGGUGAGAUCUUUAUUUGGGAUUGUUUGAUUCUGAGCUGAGGAGGUGGGAUUGAGAAAGACUUGGGUUACUGUUGUUCUGAAAGCCAAGUGAAAAAGAAGAUAAGGGCUUGUUGGGGGAGGAGAUUUAACAAAGUUCUUGUGACUGUUGGCUAGACAGCACAAGAAGGAAGAAAAGGCUAUUAGCAGAUGUUAUCCACUGAAAACCCUCCACCAGAUCUCCCAUGUCCUUGUGAAAUCUCACAACUGAAAAGUAGUAGCAGUAAUGUUAGUAGUGAUGAGAGGGGUUCUGAUCAUAAUAAUCUGCACCAGCUUGAGGUAGAUCUGUUGAAGUCAGGCCUUGAUGACAACAACCACCCACUUCCCCAGUUCUCCAUAAGGGAUUAUGUUUUCAACACGCGGGGCAAAGAUAUCAAGAAUAAUUGGCCAUUUUCUCAGAAGAAUUUGCAACUUUGUCUGAAAUAUGGCGUGAAGGAUGUGCUGCCACCUUUUCAGUCUCUGGAUUCAUUGAGAAAUCCAUCUAUUGUGAAAUGUGCUGUUGAAAAUAUAAGAUAUUCCGAUGUGAAGCUUUCUGAGUUGAGCAAUCAUGGUGUUGGCCAAAAUUUAGGUGUGAAUAUUGAGAAUAUCAAGUCAAGUGGAUCUGAAGAAGAUCUAGAAGUUCCGUCAAGCACAAUAAGUCAAUCUUGUUCUGAUAUAAAUUCAGUUGCCCCAGUUAAAACACUUUGCUUGGAACCGGAAGCUGAAUAUUCACUGGGAUCUCAUAAGGAAAAGCCUCGAUCUGCAGUUCAGGUAUCCAACAAGGUUGAAAGUAAUAUUCAACAAAACCCAGUUAAGAAGUGCAGAUUGAUUGUAAAGUUGAAUAAUAUUGCUGAAUCAAAAUCAAACGAAGAUUUAGCUGCAAACGCUUCUGUGGUAUCAGAAACAAUGGCUUCAAAAGUGUGCCCAGUUUGCAAGACAUUUUCAUCCUCUUCCAACACCACUUUGAACGCCCAUAUUGAUCAAUGUCUUUCUGGAGAGUCCACGAUCAAAUGGACCACAAAUUCGAAGGUGAUUAAGCAUAGAAUAAAGCCAAGAAAAACAAGAUUGAUGGUGGAUAUAUAUGAAACAGCUCAACACUGUACAUUGGAGGAUCUUGAUAGAAGAAACGGGACAAAUUGGGCUUCAAACUUUGGUUCUCCGGUGCAAGAUUUUAAGGUAUGUGCUGAAGAGAAACACAAAAAGGCCUAUUCUUCAGUCAAUAUUGAGGACAUCAAUGAGGAAGGUGCUGUAUACAUUGACUCUAGUGGCACAAAACUUCGGAUUUUAUCAAAGCUUAGUGACCAGCCAUCAAUCUCAAAUGCUAAGUAUGAUUCUGGACCAAGCGAGCUUGUCAAAAGAGAUAAAGAAAGCAAAUUUCCUUCACAUAAGAAGAAAAAAUAUCUUGUCCGGAAAGACAAGCUGCCGAAACAUUCUCCUCACGGACAAGGAAGUUGCUCCCAAAGGUCUGAUCAUUGGCUGGAAUCUACUCCUUAUGGACAAAAAAGUUGCCUUCCCACGUCUGAUCAUUGUCUUGAGGUUAACAAUGGCCAUCCAAGAGAAUUUUCCCCUGAAGGUUACAAGAAGGAGUUUACAGUGCCUCUCACAUCCUAUGAUCAGAUGAAAUCCGGUGAUUUUGGAAUGAUAAAACAAUGGGUUGGCUCAAAGCGAACUGGUCUGAAGAAGAAGUUCAAUCUCAAGCAUGAAAAUCGGCAGCCUGACAAAAUUACAAAGAACUUGAGAGUAAAGUGUGCUGUGUCAUCACCUAUUUCACUACCUGAUACAUUCAUGAGAUCUUGUGCCUCAAAGUCCCCAGUUUCAUCUGAUGAAAAUCCAAUUUUAUGUUCUGAAAACCAUGAAAGAAAGGAUAAUUAUAAUAAUACUCAUGAUGGGUAUAUGGAACAGCCUUGUCAGAGAAAAAGGCCAGGAGUCUUCUUGUCGAAGUCCCAAGACUGUCACGGUAAGAAAAAUCAUAUGGUAUUCUCUAAGUUUAAUGUGAAGCAGUCAAGAAAAGAUAGCUUUCUGGUUCAAGAAUGGCAUAUAGAUCCUCCAAAUGGAACAGAAAAUCAUGUCUCUUUUGCGAGCAACAAGAGAAUGGGGAUAAACAUCAGUGCAGCCACAAAUACUGAUAGUUCUUUUAUUAGCUCAAGAUUGUCCCAUCAUCAUGCAUUUUCUGCUGAAGGCAAGGAAUUUGCAUCUCUGAGAAAGACAUCCUUGAAUCAUGCAAUUUCACCUGGAAGUAAGAAGUUUUCAUCUGCAAGGAAGAAGCCGUUGUCAGUCAGGCAUGCAUCUGCUCCUGAAGCAAAGAAGAAUUUGGGGAGAAAGCAUUUAAACUUAAAGAACACAAGGCCAUAUUACACAUCUGCUGGAUCAGACGAAGAGGCACUACCAUCACAGUCUGCAAUUCAUUCACAAGAUAGUCCGACAGAAAUACUGGGAGAAAAUGCAGCUCAAAUGGAAAAGGUUUCAGGUAUGCCAUUGAUUGAUAGAACUAGGGUUUUAAAAAUCCAAAAGAAGAGAGAGGGUUUCAUAGAAAUUGAUAAAGGAGACACGACUUUGAAGGGCUCAGAGACAUCACAUGAAUCUGAUCAUCAUGGUAUUCGGAAGAAUGUAGAUUGUUUUAUGGGUGGCAAUACUCCAGUUAAUGCAUCCACUUCCCUGGAAGAGGUUGAAAUACGGGAUCAAUUUGUUUGUGAGCCAACAUAUAAAGUCGCUGAUGGAGAAACUUUUGUAGCCUUUAGCAAAUCUUUGGAUUCUGCAUUUCAUGGGAUUGCUGGUCCUUCAGAUGUUGAAUGUGUUUCACAGCAUUAUAGUAAAGCCUACGAGGGACAUUGUCCAGCUACACUAGUUUUGGGUGGUGAACAAGAGAUGUUUUGCACAGACAAAGUCGGUAAGGUUUGUGUUACUUCCAAUAGUCAUGUGGUGACAGAAAUGGGUGCUGAUGAAUCACAAGGAAAUUACUUUGUUGAUGUUGAUCCAAUCCCUAUACCAGGACCACCGGGCUCCUUUUUGCCAAGUCCUGGACGAAUGGGCUCAGAAGAACUUCAGGGAAAUUCAUCAUUAACUACCUGCAGAAUACAGUCUUCUGAAGAUGACCACGGAGUAGUUGAUAUGGAUUCAUCAGAUUCUCCAAUUUCAGCAUUGUCAGCGGCAUCGAAUUCUGUUGCUGCAAGAUCUGAUUCAGUAUCCAUCAUAAACUUGUCUGUGCAGUCACAUGUUGUUCCACAUGAGACUCAAUGCGAAAUCAUUGGAGAUAGAAAUAAUCCUGUAGUUCAAGGUUCACCUCCUUUUAAGCAGGCAGCUAUUGCAGAAAGAGAGCUUAAUCUUCAUGAAUCAAGGACUAACUUGGCGUUUCCUGAAGUGGAUACUUGCGAAUUCAAGAACAUCCAACCCUGUUGUUGCUCUAGGAAGGAAGGAGCUUUGCAAAGUGGUUCUUUGAGUUAUCAAGAAUCACAACUUUUUAGGCGACGAACAAUGAAUCCUUCCUCGGUUCUUGCCAAGGAAAAACAAGUGGCUGAUGAUACAGAGAAUAAAACUCGGAGUUUCAGCUUGACAUCAGAAAUUAUUCAUGAGAAGGAGCCAGCUCCAGAAUCUGAAAGAAAUGCAGCAAAUUCACCUCUGGGGUAUGCUCCAGAACUAGUUUCUCAUAAUUCUGAGCCUAAGUUUCAAACCUGUGGCGAUUGUGAGUCUCCUAGCCCAUCAACUUCUAAUCCAGUUUUGAGACUGAUGGGAAAGAACUUAAUGGUCAUAAACAAAGAUGAGAAUCCGUCUCCUCAAACUAGGCCUACCCAGUCUAGAAUGGUGAUAGAGGAUCCAGGUCUCAGGUUUUGUUUUGACAAUGGUCUCUCUACCAGCAAUAAUCGGAAUGAGCCACAUUCACAUCAUCAUACUUUAUCUCGAGGUCCUACAAUUGACAACAUGCAAAGGAGCAUACCAGCACAGCACUUUGGUUUCAAUUCAUCUGAUUGUCUCAAACUUCCUGCAAAUUUUAGGCCACAACAGUUGUCUGUUCAUCCAUCAACAGUGAUGCUCUCCACGAGAAGUUUUGGUGCAAAUUUCAGUUCCUCCUUGCAGCAUCGUGAAUAUACAGGUGGGUGCAAUUUAACUGCUGAUCAACUUGGAUGCAAGAUCAGAAUUGAAACUCACUCAGCAUAUGAUAUUGAUAAAUUUCGAACUCCUGUCCCCCAACUUAAAACUGCAGAUUCUUCUGGUAGUAAACUCAAGGAAAUCAUUGUUAUUGAUGACUCCCCAGAAAAUGAAGUAGGCCUAGGUAUUAAACGAACACGUGAUCAGGUAAACUCAGAAGUUGGGGGUUCUUCAGUUGGGAUUACAGCUUCAAUGGCGUCGCGGUGCGACUCUAAUCCUUUCUACAGCUACCAGACACGGGGUUAUCCUGUCUGUACCGGAUCUCCAGUGGUUCACAAUGGAAAUAUCCAAGUCCAACCUUCCAAGGGAAUGAAUGCAAAUCUAAGUAGAUGGAACUGCAGUCCAGAAGGUUCAAAUAUACUGCAACCAAAUUCUUUAGCUGCUUCAGUACCCUCGACAGCUCACCUGAGAUCAUCGUUGUACUUUUCUCCUGGCUUUUCAUGACCAACGAGCUCAACUUGAUGGGACUCUUUUGCUCCUACAAUGGACUUGGUUUUGCAUCUGAGUUUAAUGGGAGAUUUCAGUCCACACCAAGCCAACUGACUGCUUAAACAUCAAUGGCUAGAUUAAACUUUCAGAUGACAUAAAUAUACAGUCUGAUGAAGGAGUACCAGCAAUUAUUGACAGAUGAGUUUUAAAUCCGGUCUUUCUUCCUUAUGAAGUUUCUAUGUUAUACUAGAUACAAGCACUUGAAAGCAUGUUAAGUUUAAAGCAGAUUUUAGGCUGCUCCUAGGUACCUCAAAAAGCUUCCUGGAGGCUGAUGUACAAGGAAACUUGGAAUAAUGAGUUACCCUGAGAUAAAAAGUGUCCUUUCUUGGUUUUGUUCAGUAAGAAACUUCAUGACAUGAACUGCAUAGAUUUCACA